CUAAGCGGCCCCAGCUAAUGACGUCACUACUCACCGUAAGUCACAUCUAAAUCUGACGGCGUCACAACACCCACAAGGCACUUUAACCGAACCGGUUUGACAUGGUAAAAGGGUGUUGUUUUCAUAAACCGGUAAAUUAAUAAAGAAACAAUGGAAACGAAUCGGUUCAGUUUGGUUUGUUAUUUGAUAUUUGGUACGGUUAUGGGUCUUAUAAACCGGAUUAUUAACGGCGUGAAAUAAACCGUCAGAGAAAACUUUAUAUUCGUCGCUUUCCCUCUCAUCCCUUUUCUCAGUCUCUCUCUCUCUCUAAAAAGAGAGAAGGAACAAAGCAAAGCCCUCGCGAGCAUCUCUCUUUUUCUCGCUUUCUCAGUCUAACAGAAGCGAAAGUGUCGUCUUCCUCUUAGCUGGCGACGUUUUAAAACUUCGGGGAGCAGGUUCGAUUGUUGUGAUUCCCUCUCUCUCUCUCUCUCUCUCAGCAUAUGAACAUGGCUUGCAGAUUUGGGGGGCCUUAAUCGCGGAUCUGUUUAUCCAUGUCACUAAGUUCAGAGAUGGGGAAUGCGUGUUGUGUUGCUGCUCCUGACAAAAUGGUCCUCUCAGCUGCUGAGACUGAGAGGAGGCAUUCUCCUCCUUGGAGUUUCCGCUGGGAUAAUCAUAAUCAUAAUCAUAAUCAUAAUAGAGGAGGAGGACGUGUUGCUGGGGAAGACUCCUCUCUUAGUCGUUUAGAUAGCCUUCAGACUCAGUCACUGCUCAAAUCUCCCCCCUCAGAUCUUUCUUUUCCAGUAAAUAAUCAUUCCAUGGAUACAGUCCUUGAGCAGAAAGAAAAUGAUUCAACAGCACCUACACAGCCAUCUCCUGAUGCACAAUUGUCUUCACCACCAUCUUCUUUCCCAGCGUCACGACUUCCGUCCCAGAGCUACUUGCAUCCUGCAAGUUCAUCCACACUUCAACUGACACAGCGCCCUCGUCUAUUAAAGCAACUCUCAGAUGGUCAGAACUAUGGAAUUAACUCUCUAAGCAGAAGCUCACCAACUGAAGAGAGGCAGGGAGCUUCUUUCAGAUAUGAUUCUUCUCGAAGUGGACCAUCUGAAGGUUGGUCACGGCAAGCCUUUUCUGAAAUUAUGUCAUCUUCUCGCUGCAACCAGCCUUUGUCUAAUGAUAACGACUGCUUUGGCCUUGAACGUGACAAGAUUGCCGAACUUGGCAACCGAAUGUCCAAUCAUCAGCAGCAAACCUGUGCUGCAUGCGCUAGACCCUUGUCGGAGAAAUCCUUGUGGAGCAGACAAAAUAUCUUUAUGACCAAUGAGCUCUCUGUGUCUGCAGUUCUAGCUUGUGGGCAUGUCUAUCAUGGUGACUGUUUAGAGCAGAUGACGCCAGAAGUCGAUAAGUUCGACCCAUCAUGCCCAAUCUGUACACUGGGGGAGAAGAAAACAGCGAUGCUGUCAGAGAAAGCAUUGAACGUGGAGAUGAAUUUGAAAGCUAAAAGACUUAGAAACCGAGUUUUGGAUGGUGAUUUUGAUUGCGAUGAUUUUGUAAUGUUUGAUCACAGCCACAUGGCUUCAGCAGCAGCAGCAGCAGCCAAGAGCCCUAAACUGGUAUCGAGUUCGAGCGUCAAGAGCUAUUCCGCAAAGCCUUUCUUGGCUAGACAUUUCUCUUUUGGGUCCAGAGGUAACAGUAAAUCCACUAAAGAAGAUCUUCCUGUCAGAAAGAAAGGCUUCUUCUGGACUAAAUCCAGCAAAAUAUGAACUUAUUCUGCGUUGCUCUGUGAAGCAUAGAACUCGAAACACACACACACGGACACGGUACCAUUCAUUUAAGACAGGCCAUUUGUAGUUGCACAUUGUCCUCAUAUGCUUUUUUUUUUUUAAAUUGGUUACUUAAUUUUCACACUUGUAAUUUUGUAAAGUUACAAAUUUAGAAUACAAGAUUGGGGUUGAAAACAACAUUGAAUCACUAGUCUAUAAAUUAUUCUGGCUGUGCAUAGA